CCUCCAUUCCUGUCUGGGAUACCAGCUAACCUUUGUCGGACCCUGGCCCCAGCCUCACGGCGAAAGCGUUUCAGACGCCGGGGCAAACGUAGCGGUCUACUCGUGAAACUUAAGGCGUACUUGGCGCGCUCUUCCCCGGCUCCGUGGAACGAACGUGGAUCUGUACCUUGUCAUGCCUUUUCUCCGUGCUCUCUGGAGCCCAUCGAUGCCUGGCUGAUCGAUGUCCCAGCCACGAAAGAUUUCCCCUCAUCUUCGUCGGCGCGGUGCGAACCUACAGAACUGACGGCCGCUGCGUCGGGUCUCGCUGUCAGCCACGAACACGCUGACCUCCACCAGGUUUGGAUUGGUGAACACUAGAUCGCUGAGUAAUAAAACUUUUAUUUUAAGGGAUUUAUUUAUGACCCAAGGACUGGAUUUCCUCUGUAUAACUGAGACAUGGUUGAGGGCCGGUGAGUCCAGCGCUUUCACAGAUCUCUUACCUGAUGGCUGCUGCUUUUUAAACUCUCCUCGAAUAUCAGGCAGAGGAGGAGGACUAGCGGUUGUUUUUAAGAAGCAGUAUAAAUGUAAACCACUGCCAUUAUCAACCUCACCUAGUAGCUUUGAACUGAGCAUGUUUGAGCUAGGUCGCUCUCACACAGUGCUCUGUGCUGUGGUUUACAGACCCCCAAAAUACAAUAAGAACUUCUUAAAUGACUUUUCUGAUCUGUUGGCUGAAAUUAUGCCAAAAUAUGAUCAUGUCCUUAUUAUUGGGGACUUCAAUAUUCAUGUGUGCUGCCCUGACAAGCCAAUGGCAAAGGACUUUUUAAAUCUUAUUGACUCUUUUGAUCUUGUGCAACCUGUGUUUGUGCCUACACAAAAAUAUGGGCACACGUUGGAUCUUGUUUUAACUCACAAUUUACCUGUCUCUAACUUAGAGGUUUGUGAUGUUGUAUGGUCAGACCAUAGGCCUGUCUUGUUUGAGGUUUUCCUUCCUUGUACCAAAGUUAAUCUUCCUCCUGUUGCUGCUAGGAGCUGUCGUAUUUUUAACCCUUCCUCUGCUGGACAGUUCUCUAUUGUUUUUAAUCAGAACGGCGGCCUUCCUGAUUUCAUAUGCAAUGAUACAGAAGAGCUGAGUACGUGGUUUUACUCUGUCUGCCAAACUGCUUUAGAUUCAGUGGCCCCCUUUAAGCUUAGGCAAGUAAAAGCCAAAUCUGAACCCUGGCUGAAUGAAGACACCCGGGCUGCCAGAAGAAAGUGUAGGAGAGCUGAACGUAAAUGGAAGAAGGAUCAACUUCAGGUGUCAUACCAAAUGUUACAAGACUACUGGAAUUCUUACCAGAAAACUGUAAAAGAUGCUAAGAGGAAACAUUUUGCUGCUAUUAUUCAGGCAAAUUGUCGUAAGCCUCAUGUCUUAUUCAAGACUAUUGACAUGGUCCUUCACGCUCCACAGACUGCUGGUGUCGAGUCUUCUCAGGAAAUUUGUGAAAACUUCCUACACUUUUUUAUUGAUAAAGUGCUAUCUGUCAAAGCGCAGACUUCCCAGUCCGUUCUCGACCCUUCUACCCCUGAUUCUUGAAAAGGUAGUUUACAAGCAAUUAAUGUCCUUCCUAGAAGAACACGGUAUUUUAGAAGUUUUCCAAUCUGGUUUUAAAGCUUUACAUAGUACCGAAUCUGCC